CUGGAAUCGUGUUGUAGGUUAUGUUCCUGUUGUUCAAUUGGCAUUUUACACUGUUUAUAACACAAAUUCAAGAUGCGAAGAUCUACUAGAGAAAGAAAGGUCCCAGAGAGAUUUCUAUUGCCCCCUGACUCCAGCGAGGGGAGUGAUGAAGAUGAUGAUUCCGACAAAGGCCCUGAUUUUGAUCCGCAAGAAGUGCGGGCCAUAAAAUGGAUGGACAACCGUGGUGUAGUGGUUGUAACAACCUUCGAGAGUGCCUUUCCCCUUACAAACAUGACCAGAUUUGAAAAAAAGGAAAAGAAGGUGAUAUCAGUACCAUGCCCAAGAGCAAUAACUACUUACAAUAAAUUUAUGGGUGGUGUCGACCUCCUAGACGGACUUGUGGCGUACUUCCGCAUAGACUUGAGGUCUAGAAAAUACUACAUGAGAAUUUUUAACCACUUUCUAAGUUAGACAUGGCUGUGGUAAAUAGAUGGCAUAUUUAUCGCCGAGACUGCCAUGCAAACGGAAUCCAGAAGAAAGACA